CUGCGCGAACCAUCGAGCGAACGGAGGUACCUGCUGGUGCGAGGACGGUACAGGGAGCAGCGCACGGUUCAGCCCCCUCCCCAGCCAAAUGUAGUCAUUUUAAAGAAAAGAAUAAUAAUACGUGGAGUAAAUAUAUACUUUUUCAAAGGAUUUGGAGUAAAAGAAUACAGUGUAUCCGCUCGGCCGUUGGAGAACUAGGUCCACAACUUAUUGUGUUGCUUUUUGAUAAUAUGCUUGAUUGUGUCGUGAAGCAGAUCGUAACCCCCUUCACGGAGAAGAUGAAAUUUUUGCACCACUGGAUAUUACCGCGACUUGCCAACUGGGAGUAAAAACGAGUGCUGAAGCAUUCCGAAAGAAGCCCUCUCCGUGUUCCGGUCAUUUCUGCUCGUAUGCGAAUUGCUGAUUAUUCCGCUCCCCCCUCCCCUGUUGUGCAUCAUAGGAACUGAACUCUUGUUCCAUGCAGUUUACUUUUAUGUGCUCCCGCAGCAAAGCAUGUUUUUCAUUACAACGUCACAGCCAGCAUUAAAAAAUACCUCGGCACCGUAGCGACGUUUCUGCAGUUUUCUGAAUCAGAUCCGCUCAUCACGAACGUGCAGAAUGUGAUGUCCCCCCGUGUCGCGCUAUUCCAGGUCACAGGACGAGUUUAGAGAGAAUGAGGAGUCCCAGGGUGAAGCAUGAUCCGCUGGCGUGCUGCUUUUAGACUGGUCUAUCUGAUGCUUCCAUGGGAGUGUGUGACGCUGAGCCUGCACUGCUGGGUUAUCGCCGUCGUCGCAGCGGGUGCCAGUGAUGCCGCUGGAUCUCUCGGAUGGCUCCUUUCCGAUAAAGGGCCUUUUCAUCACGCGCAGGAGUUCUCGGAGUAUGUGGAGCGCUACCAGCAAGGCUUCACCACCAAGUACAAGAUUUACAGAGAGUUCGGUCGCUGGAAGGUCAACAGCCUGACGCUGGAGAGGCAGGACAACAAUGGCCUGGCACUCCCGCUGGACCCGGACUUUGUGCAGAACAUCAGGAUGCUGGGUCGCAGACCCGACCUCCGAAAGAUCACCGAGAGCAUCAUCAGGAAAUACGGCACCCACUUUCUGCUCUCAGCCACCCUGGGAGGGGAGGAAUCUUUGACAAUAUUUGUGGAUAAGAGGAAGCUGAGCAAGAGGGCGGAGCUGGGGGAGUCGAACAGCACAACGGUAACCCUGGAAACCCUCCACCAAUUGGCCGCUUCCUACUUCAUCGACAGGGAGAGUACGCUGAGGAAAUUACACCACAUUCAGAUUGCAUCCACUGCCAUCAAGGUGACCGAAACCAGAACGGGUCCUCUCGGAUGUAGUAACUAUGACAACCUCGAUUCUGUCAGUUCUGUUCUAGUUCAGAGUCCGGAGAACAAGAUCCAGUUACAAGGCCUGCAGGUGAUUCUGCCGGAUUACCUGAGGAGCCGCUUCGUCCAGGCGGCCCUGAGUUACAUCGGCUGCAACUCGGAGGGCGAGUUCGUGUGCCGGGGCAGCGAUUGCUGGUGCCAGUGCCAUGCUGAGUUCCCGCAGUGCAACUGUCCCGAGGUGGACCUGCACGCCAUGGAGAACAACCUGCUGCACAUUAAGGAGGCCUGGAUGCUGGCUAACAAGGACUUUGAGGAAUCAGACGAGUUCCAGUUUUUCGUGAGCAGGCUGCCAACGUCCUACGCCUUGAACACGUCUGCCAUUCAGUACUUCUGGAAGACGGACGCCACCAUUCAGCAGCGCUACAGACAGCUGGAGACUAGCGCCGGGCUGCUCCUGAGCAAAGCCCGCAGGAUUGUUAACAAGAUCUUCACCCUGAGCAAGAGGUGCCGCACACAGCCGAAAAUAAUAGUGCAGAAAGAAAGGUCUCUCAACUACUGGCUCAAUUUUAUCCUGUCCAUCAUGUACUGCAGUGAAAAUAAUCACAUUGGGAUCUAUACAGAAGAGACACGGAAUUGCCUUUGUCCCUAUGAGCACCUGACUUGUCAAGGAGUCAUUCCCUGCACGGUUGGGGAUGGCCCCAGUUGUGCCUCCUGUGCUUCGGAGAAUCGAACAAGGUGUGCGAGUUGCAACCCAGGCUACAUGCUGAGCCAGGGGACCUGUCGGCACGCUGUGCCAGACUCCACGGAUCACUACAUCGGCUUUGAGACGGACCUGCAGGACCUGGAGAUGAGGUACCUCCUUCAAAAGCGCGACAGCCGCCUUGUGGUGCACGCCAUCUUCAUCAGCAACGACAUGCGGCUGAACCACUGGUUCGACCCGUCCUGGAGAAAGCGGAUGCUGCUCACACUCAAAAGCAACAAGUAUAAAUCAAAUCAUGUCCACAUGCUCCUUGGAAUUUCCCUUCAGAUUUGCCUUACUAAAAACAGCACCUUAGAACCGCUGCUCUCUGUUUAUAUUAACCCGUUUGGCGGCAGCCAUUCAGAGAGCUGGAUCAUGCCCAUCAAUCAGAACAGUUACCCAGACUGGGAAAGGACUAAGCUAGACAUACCUCUAGAUUGCUACAACUGGACGUUGACUUUAGGCAACAAAUGGAAAAGCUUUUUUGAGACGGUUCACUUCUACCUACGGAGCCGCAUAAAAACUACAUCGGCUCAAGGAAAUGUGACCAGCUAUUACGAACCACUGGAGGCCAUGGAGUCAUCUCAGAACUUGGGUUACAUGAAAAUAAACAGUAUGCAGUUGUUCGGCUACAGUAUGCACUUUGACCAGGAGGCGAUUCAGGAUCUGAUUCUGCAGCUAGACUAUCCGUACACUCAGGGAUCCCAGGACUCUGCUUUGCUUCAGCUCGUAGAGAUACGAGACCGCGUCAACCGACUGUCCCCGCCCGGGCCACAGCGACUGGACUUGUUCUCUUGCUUGCUUCGACACCGGCUCAAACUAUCAGCCUCAGAAGUGGCCCGGAUAUUAGCUGCUUUGCAGUCAUUUAGCGCCAAACAACCAUACUCGAUGGAAUACGACGCAACCAAGCUAUGUAGCUAAUAAGGGUGUGUGGAAAAGCAUAGCAAACAUCGGUUAAGACACUGUACAGCAUACAGGCCUCAUUACACCUGCAUUGUUGAGUAAGGAAUUGGAAUAUUUUCAUGGUGGAGGGCUUGCUUCAACUUUCUAGGCUAACGUUAGUCUUGAGACAGCAGAAGUACAAUAAGGACUCACUGCCUUUACAUUUGAUACAUGUUACAGCAAUUUGGGAUGUUUUGGAAACAGUGACAACCAUAAUAAUAAUGACGUGGUUUUGCCUGGAAAUCCAUAUCAAAAUGAUAUAAUUUCCAUGCUCAAUGACUUGUGAAAUCCGUGUAAGAAAUGCAACAAUUGGCCCAGGAGUUUUUUUAUGCCUUUGUUAUAAUUUAAAUCCUAACUCCGCAUGAUCCUUCUAUGUUUCUUACUUGAUAAUACAAUAUACUGAAUCUGCAACCUCUCUGUUGUGAUCAGGGCCUCAAAUGACCUUUUAUUUAAUUGUAUUUAGUAUUCACUAAUAUCCGUAUCUAUAGUUCCUGUUUCCUGUUGUUGUUUGUUAUGAAUAUUUUUAUAAGUAUUUGUAAACAAAUCAACAAAGUAUUCAAGAAACGAACACCCAUUCAGCAAACGUUCCUGCAAUAUUUGCUGUGGCUGUUUUUCUUUUAUACGGUUUGAUGUUUGUGAUGGAUUAAAAAGGAGGUCAAAAUGAACUACAUAUUCAAUUUGUUAAUAUUCAAAUAAAAGUCGUUUUAAGUGCAGUCUGUAAAUUAAAGAACUACGUUUUUGUAAA